UUUCGUUUUCUAAGAGACUAUAAAACGAUCCCAGGAGUAAGAAAAGGGUCUCUUUUUCCCAUCUACCUCCACGCAAUGGCCAGUCAGGCAAGAGCAGUAUUCAUUGCAUGCGUCCUUUUGUUUUUAUUCUACAGGGUCAGAAGUCGCCCUGAGGGAUCUCUGAAACUGUUUUCUCCACAGAAUUCGUCAACAGAGAGUGAGGAAAACGAACUUUCUGACAUUCGACAAAAAGUGAUCGAGAAUUUCAAGUCAAAAGUGCUGAGAAGUUUGAAAAUGCCUCAACCCCCGACCAGAAACUUUACGAAUCACUUUCUGUCCAGCAAAAUGAUUGAGUUGUUGCAAGAAGAGGAGAAAGAGAUAGCCCGAACGGAACCAAAGCAAAAUGUGAUCGUGCAUCCGAGCAACAAUGAUUUUUCGUGUCAGAGAGGAAAUGGAACAUUUUGUCGAAAAUUCGACUUCAACAUAACUUCGGAUCUAGAAUCGAUAAUCUCGCUUCACGCUUAUUUCCACAAGAUGCAAUUAAACGAAAGACUUACUCUGUCGGUUUAUGAUCCAGAUUCUCUUGAAGAUGAUCCUCUGGUCAAGCUUAGGGAAGAUCCUGCAAGAGCCAAAACAAAUCCCGAAUGGAUCUCUUUCGAACUGCCAAAGAAAUUGGCACUCGAAGCUGAAGACAAUCAUCUAAUAUGCUCAGUUGAAAUUGAAGGUUCUGACAUUUCUGUUAAUGAAGAAGAAAGUCCUUUUCUGGUAAUCACAAAGCAUACUGAAGUCAAGGACCGAACUAGGAGAGAAGUUGAAGAUGAUUCUUUAAGCGAAAAUUGCACUUGCUGUGCAGAUAAUUACCACAUCACUCUAGAUGAUAUUGGAUGGAGUAAUUGGGUUCAUUAUCCCAAAAGCUUCAAUAUAAGGGUGUGCAGAGGUCAAUGUACUGAAAAUUUAAACUAUUUUACAAUUAAUUACUCAAGAGUUAUUAAUUCAUUUUACAAAAUAAACAAGACAAUUCCAAAACCAACUUGUAAUUUUUGGGGACCUCGUUGUAAAGCUGAGACAUAUUCUUCUCUAGCCAUGAUCUAUCAAGGAAAUGAUGGAACACUCUACAAUGCAGACAUCAAUGAUAUGAUAAUAAAAACUUGUAAAUGCAUGUAAAUAAAUAUAUAACUAAAGUUGAAAUGCAGAUUUCAUAACUAUUGAUAGUGAUCCAAAAUGAUAAAACAAAAGUUAUCUAAGUAACAAUAAGUAUAAACAUUAUGAAAUUAUUGCAUAUAUUACAUUUACACUACUAUUUAAACAACUAGAAAAAAAAGUAUCUGAAAUAAAAUGUAACAAAAAAAAUUAUUAAACUUGCAAAUAUGAAUUACUGCAAUUUAUUUUAUGCAAAAUUACACAUUUAAAUUUCUAAAAUAAUAAUACUGAAAUCUGCAUUUUAAAAUUCAUCCACUGAUACCAACGAUUUGUAUUAUACGUGUAACAGUGCUAUUUUUAAAAUUAUUUCAUUUUGAAUAGGGCUUCUUAAGCUAUUUGUAUAUUGGGCUAACCUUUUUCGUAAUAAAACUUUCAUAUACAAAAAUUUACCAUGUCCGUCAAAAUAAUUUGAAAAAAAAAAAAAAAAAAGAAUUCGAAAGCAAAUUUUAUUGAAAUAGUUUUUUUAUGUGAUGAGAUUUUAUCAAUUAUUGUUUCUAAUAUUUAAUAACACAAAAGAAAAAAAAAGUUAUAAACAUUUCUAUAAUUAAUAUUAUUUCAGACAAUUCCAAUUGUAGCUGACUACAAGCUUAAGAAGCCUUGAUUUAGAAUGUUUUAAUUUUUAACUAAAAUCCUAUGUUUUUCCUUAUUUAUUUUGUCUUAUUUAUACCUGUAUUACGGUUUUAACCUUGUACUUUAUUAA